AUGUCGACCAGCGGCAACGCGCUCUUGCUUAAAAAGCAGCUGCUAGAGUUGCGCAAAAAUCCAGUGGAUGGCUUUAGUGCAGGGUUGAAGGACGACAGCAAUCCCUUCGAGUGGGAUAUUAUGAUCAUUGGUCCUAUGGACACAUUGUAUGAAGGAGGCUUCCUGCGUGCUGAACUGAGUUUUCCUCAUGAAUACCCUCUGCUCCCACCAAAAAUGAAGUUCAAGACGCCCAUGUGGCACCCUAACAUCUACGAGGAUGGUACCGUGUGUAUAUCGAUCUUGCACGCACCUGGCCAGGAUGAAUUUGGGUAUGAAGAUGCAAGUGAGCGCUGGCUCCCUGUACAUACGGUUGAGUCUAUUCUCGUCUCGGUCAUUAGUCUGCUGAGCUCAGACACGCCCAAUACUGACUCGCCGGCUAAUAUUGAUGCUGCUAAGCAGGUUCGAGAGGACAUUGUCGGCUAUCGCAAAAAAGUUCGCCGCCUCGUCCGACAGUCCAGUGAGGAGGCUUUUGACUAA